CGGCGGGCGGAUGGAUCCCGGCUCAAUGAGCGCCGGGCAGAGACAGCUGGUCGCGCUGGCGCGCGGGGUGGUGCGGCGGCGGGUGAGGGCGCGGCUCGCGGCGGAGAGGGGGCACGGACGGGGGGGCCAGGAGGAGGCGCCGGAAGGGGGCAUCCUGCUCCUGGACGAGGUCAGUUCCAGCGUCGACCGCGAGACGGAGCGGGUCAUGCGCGAGGUGAUACGCGCCGAGUUUGCCGCGUACACGGUUGUUGCGGUCAGCCACCGGCUGGAGAUGGUGAUGGACUAUGACCGGGUGGUGGUCAUGGACCGCGGGGAGAUUGUGGAGGUCGGGGAGCCGAGGGUGUUGGCUUCGCAGGCGGGGAGCAGGUUUGGGGAGUUGGUGAGAGCCGGGGGGGCAAUGACGGGGGAGGGAGAGUUGUAACGCUGACAGGUGUCUGUGGUGCGGCCGGGAGAGCUGGACAUGGGAGAAGUGGAUAGUUUGCCUCAUAUAUAUCACGAUAUGCAAUCUCUGCAAACGGUAUCAAACGCUACAUAUCAACCGGAAGAUCGAAUCUUGCGCUCUUGAGUCCGUGGCUGUCCGUCUGAUGCUGCACUUUCUCAAAAUAGUUCACAAACAUCGCCUCACACUGGUCGCAACGCAGAUCGGACUACAGCACCAGCGUUAGGGUGAAUCCACAAUUAACUUAUGCUCCUGUCCCCCUGCUCUACGCGAUCCCUGGCUGAACUCACCUUGCGCACAUAGGGCUCCUCAAACCAGAACGGCUGCUCCUCAGUGACGACGACAAACAAGCCAUUCAAACCCUCGGCGUCCUCGGGCUCCCAGCGGAGCAUCUUGCCGUCCGGCCCGCGCCCGCUCUCGUCGGCGAACUCCCGGAUCGCGUCCCGCAGCUCGGCGAAGCCGGCCGGCGGCUCGCCCGCC